CGCAGUGGUGCAGUCCGCGAGAGGCAAUGGCAGAGGUGUAGAGGGAGAGAGAGGAAUCAAGCGUCCUGACAGCUUCGCUCCGGACCCCCAGCGGUGACACACCGAGCCCAGCACAGCGCAUCCCGAGCCGCCCGAGACCCGCAGCUCAGCAGGGCUUCUUCUCAAUCUCAGAUUACGCCGAAGCCACACACCAUGUCGUUAAAGCCGCGGGUGGUGGAUUUCGAUGAGACGUGGAACAAGCUCCUGACGACCAUCAGAGCGGUUGUGAUGCUUGAUUACGUGGAGAGAGCAACAUGGAACGACCGCUUCUCUGACAUUUAUGCGCUGUGUGUUGCGUAUCCAGAGCCUUUAGGGGAAAAGCUGUACACUGAGACGAAGGUGUUUCUGGAAAAUCACGUCCGUCAGUUGUUCAAGAGAGUCCUGGAGUCGGAGGAGAAGGUCUUGGUGAUGUAUCACAGAUACUGGGAGGAGUACAGCAAAGGCGCUGAGUACAUGGACUGCUUAUACAGGUACCUUAACACACAGUUUAUUAAGAAGAACAAGCUGACCGAAGCAGACCUGCAGUACGGAUACGGAGGCGUGGAUAUGAACGAGCCCUUGAUGGAGAUCGGAGAGCUUGCACUUGACAUGUGGCGGAAGUUAAUGAUUGAGCCCCUUCAGCCGAUGCUGAUCGGGAUGCUCCUGAAAGAGAUCAAGAACGACCGAUGUGGGGAGGACCCAAAUCAGAAAGUAAUCCACGGGGUUAUCAACUCCUUUGUUCAUGUUGAACAGUACAAGAAGAAGUUUCCUCUAAAGUUUUAUCAGGAAGUCUUUGAAGGGCCGUUCCUGACAAAAACUGGAGAGUAUUACAAACAGGAAGCCUCCAAUCUACUGCAGGAGUCCAACUGCUCCCAGUAUAUGGAGAAGGUUUUAGGCCGGUUGAAAGACGAGGAGGUGAGAUGUCGGAAGUAUCUGCACCCCAGCUCUUACGCCAAAGUCAUCCACGAAUGUCAGCAGAGGAUGGUGGCCGAUCACCUGCAGUUCCUGCACGGAGAGUGUCAGAAUAUCAUCAGACAGGAAAAGAGAGACGAUAUGGCGAAUAUGUACACGCUACUGCGAGCCGUGUCCAGCGGCUUACCUCACAUGAUCCAGGAGCUCCAGGUCCACAUCCACGACGAGGGUCUCCGAGCCACCAGUAACCUCUCUCAGGAAAACAUGCCAACCCAGUUUGUGGAGUCGGUGUUGGAGGUUCAUAGUAAAUUUGUCCAGUUGAUUAACACAGUGUUGAAUGGGGACCAACACUUCAUGAGUGCGCUUGAUAAGGCCUUGACUUCAGUAGUGAACUACAGAGAGAUGACUAGAUUAGUGAACUACAGAGAGCCCAAAUCCAUCUGCAAAGCGCCUGAGCUGCUGGCCAAGUACUGUGACAAUCUGCUGAAGAAAUCUGCAAAAGGAAUGACGGAGAAUGGAAUCGUCGAGGACAAAAACUGUGGGACCAGCUUCAUCCACGUAAACAUUAGGCCUGCUAGAGACAUUUUUAUGUCGGAGCGGGAUCUGAGCGGGAAUUGGUUUAUGGCGAGGUUUUACGCCAGAAUGCUUGCAAAGAGGUUAAUACAUGGACUUUCAUUAUCCAUGGACUCCGAGGAAGCCAUGAUCAACAAACUGAAGCAAGCGUGUGGCUAUGAAUUCACGAGCAAACUGCACAGAAUGUACACUGAUAUGAGCGUCAGCACCGACCUCAACAACAAAUUCAACAACUUCAUCAAAACCCAGGAGACGGUCGUGGACCUGGGCAUCAGCUUCCAGAUUUAUGUAUUACAGGCAGGCGCGUGGCCCCUCACACAUGUUCCCUCUUCCACGUUUGCCAUCCCGCAGGAGCUGGAGAAAAGUGUACAGAUGUUUGAGUUGUUUUAUAACCAGCACUUCAGCGGAAGGAAGCUGACCUGGCUGCAUUAUCUCUGCACAGGCGAGGUAAAGAUGAAUUAUCUGUCCAAGCCGUACGUGGCAGUGGUGACCACCUAUCAGAUGGCCGUGCUGCUGGCCUUCAACAACGGCGAGACUGUGAGCUACAGAGAACUGCAGGACAGCACGCAGAUGAACGAGAAGGAGCUCCAGAAGACCAUUAAAUCCCUGCUGGACGUCAAGAUGAUCAGCCACGACUCGCAGAAGGAGGAGAUCGAAUCCGAAUCCACGUUUUCCUUAAUUAUGAGUUUCACCAGCAAAAGAACAAAGUUCAAGAUCACGACGUCGAUGCAGAAGGACACGCCACAGGAGCUGGAGCAGACGAGGAGUGCCGUGGAUGAAGACAGGAAGAUGUAUUUACAGGCUGCUAUAGUCAGGAUUAUGAAAGCCAGGAAAGUGUUGAGACACAACGCCCUCAUUCAGGAGGUAAUCAACCAAUCCAAAGCGAGAUUCAACCCGAGCAUCAGCAUGAUCAAGAAGUGCAUUGAGGUUCUUAUCGACAAGCAGUACAUUGAGCGAAGCCAGAGCUCCGCGGACGAGUACAGCUAUGUCGCAUAGAAACAUAUUCAUUUAAUGAAAGAAAAUAAAAAACGCAGUAAAGCGUGAACAGUAGACAUGUCUUUUACUUUCGGCUCUGGCUGGCUCCAGCACUCAACCAUCGGAUUGAAUCGGGACUCUGUGCCUCCAUCUUUGAUAAAAAAGGGCCUCCGAGUAGCUGGACAGUCAUCAAAAGCCCCCCAUCCCACCCCUUCUGAUUUUAUGCUGUUUACAUCACCAGUGCCACGCCCAGGGCGUCUGGGAAAUAAGAAAAUGCCUCUAGCUACUCGAGCGUUCAAGGAUAAUACAUUUUUAGAUGUAAUCGUACAAGAGAAAGCGAGCGAAUGGAAUGCAUCGCAUAGAGCAGAACAAGUGAAGUGUCUGAGAAACGGCCGAAACACAACCACACUUUUCUCUUCUCACAUUGCAGUUGUUGUGUGUUUUCUUUUUUUAAUGUAUCAAAGUCAAAGAACUAUUGUAAUAAAACCGGUAUACUGAUCAUUGCAUUUACUUUCAAGAUAUAAAAAAACAAAUAUGAGGUGACAAACAUGAUUCUGCUGCUUGUCAAAUAAACAAAUAAAAAAAAACACUUUUUAGUAAA